AUGCGCGAGAGCUUGCGUAGGCUGGCGUCCGAGGAGGAGUGCAUGUACGGUGGUGCGCGGGGUGCGGGGGCAGGUAUGCGCCGCGUGCGGAGAAAGGCUAAAGGUUUUGAUCUCUUGGAUAAAGUGUGCCAGUCUCUGGAGCUGGUCGAGGGGGACUAUUUCGGAUUCCUGCAUCAGCAGCGAGGCGACCCUCGUGUUUGGGUGGACCUCAACAGGCGUCUAUCGAAGACAUUUAGAAAUGAACCAUGGGAUGUACGGUUUGCGAUUAAGUUCUAUCCGCCGGAGCCUUCAGAGCUGCGUGAUGACAACACCAGGUACCAGCUGAGUCUCGCCAUCAGGAGAGACUUACUCGAAGGUCGUCUGAGCUGUUCAGCUAUAACUCAUGCUCUGCUCGCGUCGUACGUGGCGCAGGCGGAGCUGGGCGAUUGGUCAAGCAUGCUCGCCUCUAACAAGCUCGCCGACAUGCGCGCCGCGCCGUUGCAUGCCAUCACGCCAGACCUGGAGGCCAAGGUCGACGAAUUGUACAGAAAACACAAAUUAACAUCACGCGAGGAUUAUCAAUACCACUUGUCGCGGUAUUUUGAUCAGACGCUCCCAAAUUUAUAUUGCAAGUCUAUCAUGUCCCUACCCACAAGAUGGCAAAGAGUUAUCGAACAAAAGGGUACCUACAUACUUUAGUUAAAUGUAAAUAAAUUUUAUUAAAAAAUAUUAGAUUUAUAAAAUUAAAUCUUCAUACAAAAUGCAAAGAAACUUUUUCCCCAACCUAUUAAUUCUUCUAUUUUGCCGAUUUAAGUCAUGUGAAAGGUCAAUAUGUUGCUGUUUGUGUGGAUUAUCUGAACAUUUAUGAAAGUACGCUCACUAGUAGUGAAAACAGGUACUUCAAAAAUUUGUCAGUCCUGUUGGGUCUCGUAUAGGUCAAUGGUUAGAGCAAUCACCCGGAUUGUGAAAGGUUGUGGGUUCGAGUCCCACCUUGAGGUACCUGGGGAUAUUUUUAGUAUUUUCCAUUAAAGAUAUUAUUCCGUCUCGUGUAGAGGCCAAACUCCUGCAGAAGCAGAGUUGAAUUAUCUGGAGAAUGCCAAGAAGUUGUCACUGUACGGCGCCGAACUGCACUGCGCGCGGGACUCGCAAGAGGUGGACAUCGUGCUGGCCGUCUGUGCUAACGGCGUCUCUAUCUACCGGGACGGAGUGCUGAUGAACCGGUUCCCUUGGGCAAAGAUCACGAAGAUCUCGUAUAACAAGCGUGUGUACACCCUGAAGUUGCGUCCGAGUGAAUUCGAUCAGUUCGAGACGCAACUAGCCUUCAAACUACCAGCAACUAGAGCAUGCAAGAAAUUAUGGAAGUGCAGCGUUGAACACCAUAUCUUCUUCAGACGCGAGACGCCGGUGCAGGUGUGUCGCGUGUCGUCGUUCCCGGCGCUGGGCUCCCGCCGAUUCUCAUGUCGACGCACACUACGGCAACUGCGUGACCACACACAGUCACUCACGCACGCACACUGACACAACACAUCCACACCAGCACGCGUAGCAUGACAAACUCGAGAAACGCUUUGUCUACACUCAUUUGUCAGUUUCUCGGGUCGAGAGUGAGAUAUAGUAUGGGCGCACCCGAGAAAAGUGACAUUUGAGUGUAGACAAAACGUUCUCGAGUUCGUCAUGCUACGCGUGCAGGGGCUCUAUUCUUGAAUCAUUCGUGUUGCGUCGAGCACUCGUUUUCAUCGAUAUUUGUUCGACAUAACAAAUUCGCCAUUUCUAAUUACUUAUUUCUAAUUAUCCAUACUAGACAAGGGAAUUACUGAUGUAAAGGCAUUCAAAUCUAUUUAUUGUGAUUCGAUUACUAUUUUGUCCAAACUUAUAUUGGGCUCUCGUUAG